AUGCCUCCCCCACCAAUUAACCACCGCCGCCAAGAGUCUCAAUCCACUUACCGUGCGUCCAUCCUCCCAACAGGCACAGGUCUAGGAAACAGCACGGCCCAGUAUGGCAACACCACAGGCUCCUCAGCCUCAAUGUCUGCAGCAAAAAGCCGCCAAUACGCACAUCUGCACUCGCAGCUCGCGCAGCUCAAUGCCAAUCUCUCUGACACUCAGAAUUUGUUGCGCAUGACGGCCGUACAGGCUGGUGACAUGCGCUUCUUGGGAGGAUAUGUUGGGGCGAUGUUUAUGGGGUCUGCGAAGAUUUUGGGCGAGGAGGGUGUCAGGGCGAAUGCUGACCCCAAGACUGAGACUGUGGAGCUUAAAAAGGAAGCGACCGACGAUGAUUGA